AUGGCCGACGAGCUAGCAUCGAUAUGGAGCUCUUUGAAGCUAACAGAAGAGGAGCAGCAGGAACUGGUCCUGCCAGAGGAAACCUUCCAGUCCAUAAAAACGAGAGGCAGUCACUGCAUCUUUGCCUUCCACCUGUAUGACAGAAGUGUAAACCGAGAGGCUUUCAAGUCCACUAUGGCUAAGGUGUGGAACUUGGAAGGUUGGAUCACCUUCAAGGAAAUAGGUUUCAACAAGUUUCUCAUAGAAUUUCAACUGCUUUCAGAUAAAAGGAAGGUGCUACAAGGUAGACCAUGGUCAUUUGACCGGCACCUCAUUUGCUUAAAGGAUUUCGAAGAUGAUUUGGCCCCAAAUGAUAUAACUUUCAGAACAGAACCAUUCUGGGUACAGUUACAUAAUGUACCAUUCGCGGCUAUGAAUGCAGAACAAGGUGUAAUACUGGGCUCAGUAAUCGGCAAGGUGCACACAGUAGAAACAGAUGACCAGGGCUGUGGUUGGGGAAGACACCUCAGAAUAAGGGUGGAUGUUGACAUUAACAAACCUCUCCCUCGAGGGAAGUUGAUCAAAGUAAGAGGAAAACAGUGUUGGAUCUAUUUCAAGUAUGAACGCCUCCCAAAUUUUUGUUUCAAGUGUGGACAACUUAUGCACAUGGAAGGCAAAUGCCCAAGCCAAACCACUUCCAAGCAAUCCCAGGACCAGUAUGGUCAAUGGCUGCGUGCCUCUCAUGGUCCCUCCCAGAGUUUCUCAACCAAGAAGUAUGGUGGUUCAUCGGAACAAUCCUCACAGGACAACUCCUCCCCGGUGCAACCAAAGGCAGCUGAGGCCCAAAAGGUCAACUCGGGAUGGUCCAGUUUAGGGACAGAGGGGGUAGCUACCAGCAAGAACACUGCAGAAGGAAAACAGAAGCAAGGUAGUGGCCUUACCCCGACAUGUCAGACUGACCAUACUUGGAGCAGUACAGAAGUAGAAGCCAACUAUCCAAACAAAGAUCACGAUGGUCUAUCUCAGCAAGACAACAGAGAAAUCAAAAGGAAAGAGACCCCAUACCCCUCCUCUAGGCCUCUGACACAGGUAAGUGAUUCUGAACAAAUCUCACCUUUACUCUUACAAAAUAGUGAUAUGAGGGUAGAGUAUAGUACACUACAAAAGACUCCUAGUAACUAUAAGCUGAGCAACACUGUGCUACUUAAGGAAAACUCGACCAAGGAAAGUGGAGAGGGAACUAGAGAGGCUACUAAGUGGAAAAGGAAAGCUAGGGAACAAGCUCCCAUCCUAGCAAACAUUACAAACCAACAGCUCAUACCCACCCUUUCCCCGAACCUCAAAAGGGUAGCUUAUGGUACUGAGACCAGAUCCAGAAACAGGCUGUCAAAGAAACAGAAAACCGAGGUGGUAUCCGAGUCGAAACAAACCAAUGAACCAGAGGUGGUGGCUGUACAACAGCCCCACCUAUCCAAAUGGUUUGCUUAA